UAUUUGAUAAUGGAUGAUAACGUAAAGAGUUUAUUGUCGCUUUUUCGCAGACUUUGUGAACUAGCAUUCCUCACCGAGGCUUCCAAAAGGGAAGAUGCAUAUAAAAAGAUUUUUUAUACGAACUUGAUCAUGAAAAAGCUUCGAAUUCGGUUAUACGAAAAAUUGUUCAUGGAACUUCAGGCUCCAUGGAUUGGGACGAUGACAGCUCGGAAAGAUGGGAAACACUGCAAAAACAUGGAUUUGAAUGCUCAUGAAAAAAUUGCUUUGAUGGCAUUUAAUCUGAGGUUGAAGAGAGAAUUCGAUAAGGCUGACCUAUUGGAGUAUUAUUGCACGAAAUGGAAGCGUUUUAAAGGGCCAUUGACAAGCACCACAGAAGCUAGUGAGACAAAUUUUGAUACUUGCGAAACAGAAGCAGUGUUGAGAUUUUUAGUGGCUUUGUCUAAUAUUGACUAUCAAGAUUCUUCUCCAGUACUUGGAUAUCASAAUGAUCUACUAAGUACACUACCAAAGGAGUUAAUUUGUCUUUUACCUGAGGGACCUCUUCUUCAUACUGACAGCUCUAAAAUAAGGCAUCAGUCUCUUCUUGAGGAUCAAUAUAUCCUUUAUUCCAGAGAUUUAUUUGAAAAACCUCAGCCAAUUGUCACUCAUGUAUCAAAUAUCAUGGAAAGCAGCACAGUGUUCCCAGAAAUUAUGGCUCCUUGCAAGGGAAGAAGRCGAUUCUUUACCAUUCAGGAGACUGGUGAAGUUUUGCAUGACAAGAAAACAAGACUGACAGUGUUCGGGGCAUUAAGUCAUGGUUAUACAGAUGACAUGCAAGUUAAGUUAGGACUCCCUGACCUACCUCAAGUAACAGAGAAAACAUUUGGUGUUUCAUCAUUAUCAACAGCACAGUCAUCACCUGAUGAUGAAGGAUUUCAUGAGCUGACUGACAGCACUGCCACAUACACAUCUACUCAAGCAAACCCAGAAAGCUUUGAAAGUUCUUUGGAGAGUGGAUUAGAUAUCUGGACAGAAGCUUUAAAAUUACCAACACAAAAGUUUUACACCUGGGAAAUGGAGGGAAGGAGAGAUGGGUUACUUGACCAUCCAUACAUCUCUGAAGCAGGUCCAGAAGUGUUUGAUGAGUUGUACAACCUAAUAUAUAAACAAGUGUCUUACUUAACAAAGACACCAACCCACUACACGAUGACAAAAGUCAAGAUAUUAAAUAGACAUUCCCUAGAUGUAUUGAUUGGUGUUCCAACAACUACAUUUCUAUAUAAUAUGGAUGUUCCUGGCUUUWAUGUUAAUACUKAUGUCAGAUUAAGUGGUUGCUCUCCUGAGUCAUUAAAUGCCACUUUGUCUAAGCUAGCAUCCAUUGGAACCAAUUAUCAAAACCUAGUGAACUUUAUCAACCAUAAAGAACAAACAGGUGGACUAGUUCUACAUGCAUUCCUUGGUGGUCUCAGGAACUACCUACAUUGCUACAGAUCAGUUGUACUUGAUUUUCAUGAUGCUUCAAUGCAAAGUCCAUUACAGCUUAGUUUCAUAUUUCAGAACAUUGGAAGACAGUUAAGGUUUUUAUCUGAUGUAUGCAUGUGCUCUAGUCAGUCGAGGCCAAAAGGCAAUACCAGACAAUCUUCUUUCCCAACAGGAGUAAAACUGUUAUCAUACUUAUACAAGUUGUGCUUGGAACACUCAAGUACUGAUCAGUAUCCUGUUUUACUAUCUCUACUCAAACAUAGCUGUGCCCCCUACAUCUUAUUUGUUCAGCAGUGGGUAUUCCAGGGAAUAUGCCGAGAUGUGUAUGAAGAAUUUAUCAUUGAAGUUGAUGAUCAAUUUUUAGCAUACAGAGAUAAACACUUUUGGAGCCAUGGAUUUGUGAUUUCGGAGAAAGACAAACUAGACUGUGUACCAAUGUUUCUUAGUGAAUUGGCCAAUGACAUCUUUGUAUGUGGWAAAUCAAUUAACCUGAUGAAACUAUGUAGCCCUAGGCAUUUCUUAUGUGACUCUGGAGUCCCUCCGCCCAAGAUGGAAGUAACAUUUUCUAUGAGCAAGUUGAAGGCCAUUGACCAGAAUUGUGAGGACUAUGUGUAUGCCAUAGAAGAUAUAAGUAAUACCCUCAAACAGAAGAAAGAACAACAGAGAAUCGCAUUGGAACAGGCCAAGGAAAAAGUUUUAAUGGAAGAAAGACAGCGUGCAGAGAAAGCUCUUGCAGAAGUAACAGGUCUUAUCAAUGACGUUAAAGAAGCUAUUGAUGCAAAGAAGAAAGCAGACCUGAAAAUGUUGAAAGAACAGAUGGAGGAAGCCAUCAAGAAAAGACAACUCGAUAAACAGCUUGAAGAUGAGUUAGACAACCAAUAUAUGGUUGAYGCACUCAAUCGAGCUGCAGCGGAUGAGGAGCUGAGAGAAAAGGCAAGGCAAGAGCUGAUUGACUACUAUAAACUUCUAACAGAAGAAAUGGAUCGAAGAGAAGAACGUGCUCAGUGGAAAAUCAAGCGGCAUGAACUCAAUAAAAGAAGAUUAGAGUUCUUUGCACAAGAGCAGGUUAAUCUAGAAAAUCUUCAGGAAGASGCUGCUAAAAAUCCCAUUAAACCAGUUGAAAACGUUAGCUCUASAAGACUUACAACAGUUCGUGCAGCCAGUGUUACCCAAUCCUCUGAAAGGACAUCUGUGCAAUCGCCUASCCUAAGCAUUGUAUCACUUAUUGCCAGUGGAAUAAAAACAGAUGCAAUGAUCCAAUCAGAAGUGAAUAAAUCCACGACUAUUUCAAGUGCASCUGAUUCGGGUGUAGAAACAGACAAGWCAGUUGCCGARGGGGACGUCUCUGAAGGCCAAACCCUUAAUUCAUUUGCAUCUUUAGAUGAAGCAGAUGAUACUGAUACUUCAAUAGCAUCAACURUAUCAGCAGCUCCAGYAAGUCGCAAAAAAUGGUCUAGUUCUGAGGAUGUGAAGCCUYUUGAUGUCAAAACAGAAUAUAGAUCSAAAAGACGGAUGUGGGAUUCAGCUGAUGAUAACAUCAACUUAGCAGAAUCUCCUUUCCCGCRUGGUCAUCCUUCGGAAUCUUCCAUUCAGUUUUCUUUAUAUUCGGUAGAUAAAAAUGUUCACGAUGACAUUGYAACGUCUCCAGUUGUGCCACCGUYAAUSCAAACAAAUACUCCAAAYCCAAGUAACUCAAGUAUACAAAAUAUCAUGUAUCCAUCUGGUAGUGCAAUGUCACAAGAUGAUUCUAACAGAACUUUAACUGGUGCUUCACAUAACCGCAAUACUGAAAGCGAUGAUAAAGAUAAUUCAGCUAUUCAAGGAUCUUUGAAAUCAGACCAAUCUAAUGAUGAUCCAGUUAUAAGGGAUUUUGUGCGUAGCCUGUCUACAGGUGUAAAUGGCCUCAGUUCUCCUACACAUCGACCUAGCUACAGUUUGGAUCAUCCAGUAGAGUCGACAGAUCAAACUAYACUUUCUGGUAGACUUUCUGAGUAUGGUCAUCCGUCAGAUACACAGUUUAAUUCAGCUGGAGACUAUUUGUCAAGGUUUGGUCUCAGUGUUCCGAUACCCAGUGGACGCAGGUCUCCAUUUGGUCAUCCCUCAGACACCCAAUUAGAUUCAGCCGGGACACAUUCACAAGAACGGACAGCUUUGGAACAGACACCAGGCAAACAUAGGUCUCCAUAUGGUCAUCCCUCUGAUACUCGAUUGGAUUCUACUGACUCAACACCACAAAAUGCGUCCACAAGACGUCUGUGGGGACAUCCUUCAGAUAGUAAAGUACAAAACCUUCUUAUGAACGUGUCAUCUGUGUCUGAGGCAAAACAACCUUUGAAAUACUUUAGUCCGAACCAUUCGAGUGCUAUUCAUCCAUUGACUACAAGAGGAACUCCCCCAGUUGAUUCCAUAAAAGACGUUUUAUAUCCAGAAGAUGGACUUGUUAGCCAAGACGAACAGAGGCACACAUCCCGUGGUCAUGAACCUGCUGUAAAGAUUACUAAACUUAUGUACCCAGUCGAACAGAAAACAGAAACUGCUCCAGAACCAACCAAACCUUUGUUAUUUGAAGACGUGUGGAUAGCUUCCGAGGUUCAGCCACUUCAAGUGAACUUUGAUAUUUUAGAUAAGCAUCCAACAAACAAUCUUCUGAAAAGUGCUCUUAGUGCAAUACCAAUGUGUGAAGAUGAUCUUGAUAAUGAUGAUGACAUUGAUGCUGCUCAGUUGAUGUCAUUGCCAGUUUUAUUGCGUCGUUCUGUCACAGCGCCAUUGGUGGCACAGAUAUCUUUGGUCAAUUCAGCGGUUGUGGAGUACUUCAUGGAUGACUUAAAGUUGAUGCAUCACUUUGAAAUAUUCAGGAAGUUUUUGUUCAUGGAAGAUGGUGAAUUUGCCUUGUCGCUUUCUGAACAACUYUUCGAAAAGCUUUCUACUGGAGUAAAUCCUGGAGAAAUGUGCUCUCCUGCCACAAUGAAUGCCAUCGUUACCAGGGCUCUACARCUCUCGGUCUAUGCAAAUAAAACAGGUUUUGAACAGCGACUAUCGUUUGCUUUGAAAUCAUUGCCAGACGUCUUUAAUAUGAAUGAUAUAGGAACGCUCGACUUCCUGGAGCUUCGAUAUCAGGUCCCUUGGCCAGUGAAYAUUAUAAUAACAGAGAAUUCAAUCAUCAAGUAUAACAAGGUUUUUUCGUUUAUGCUGAGGUUGAAACGAGUCGCCUGGGUUCUUCAAGAAAUUUGGUUUCAUCUAAAGCACAUUGGUUUCUCGCGUCGUGCUGCAGGAUCACCACAGCUUCGACAACUCCAGUUAUUUAGACAUGAAAUGUUGCACUUUCUACAAAACAUCGAUGGCUACCUAUCCAAUCAAAUACUGAACGUCACCUGGGUCGAGUUUCAACAGGAACUUGUUACAAACGCUCGAGACCUCGAUGAAUUGCAUCAUCGCCAUACAGAAUACCUCAACAAAGCUGUUUUCAGGUCUCUGCUUAGCAAGAAAGCUACCCCUGUCAUGAAAAUCAUCAGCGACAUGUUCAGUCUCGUCCUUAAGUUUCGUACUCAGCUGCUUUCGUGUCCAUGGCAGCAGAAUGGUGAAUGCAGUCACGUGGUACAUCCUCGUUUUGACGUCAUGUGUGCAACUCAUAAGGCUUUUAAGGAAUAUUCGGGCUUCUUGUUUACAGUUCUCAGUAAGCUUGUUCGACGUGGCUAUCAGGCUCACUUACAAGACUUCCUUCUACGUUUGAAUUUUAACGACUUUUAUAAAACUUAAUAACAARGCACUAGUAAUGGACAGCAUUAUGCGUGUAAAUGUUUGGAUGUGCAAGAACUGUGGACUGUKGACAUAUUAUCAAAGCGAACCAGUCCAACGAUAGAACGAUAGGUUCGGAYUUACAGAAUACAGUCAAGUUGUUUCCCUCAUCYUUUUCUCUCUUUCUUUCUCUCUCUGGUCAUUAUUGUUUGUGUUUGUUGGUAGGUCAGGUAUCGGCUGCUCAUUCAAUUAUUUUUAGAGACAUUAUGUAUAUAGUAAUUAGUUCAUGUAAAGUGAGUUGUUUUUUUUAAGAAAGUGAAAAAUAUCCCCCACCAAGCGUACAUAUUCUGUUAUUGCUAACCGAGACCUAAGACACUGACUGUGAUCUUAUCCAUAUGUUUUUCUAAAUGGUUUUCWAAGUGGUUAGUUCCUUCUAGCAGUUUUCCACAGUCGAUUCUGAUGAGAAUACAGGAAGGCUCGGUCAAUCUAUGUAGUGCCGGAAGAUUCCUGUUUCUGGGACUCAARUCUGUAUCUUGGUAGACUUGCCUCAAGUUUCUCUCGCUGUUAACUGACGAGCGACGACAAAAGUUACAAAGAGUUACCGAAUUGAGACGGCGGUGAGGGAAGAGAAAGAGACUAGUAAAACAGUUCACCUCAUCAAUAUUCAUUGAAUUUGGACGGAAAUUGACAAAGGAAAUUGAACUCGCAAAGUAAAUAUUUGUACCUGUAAUGUUGAAUAAAUCUUCGGAAGAAUGAUAUCACAUAUUCUUUUGAAAAGUUUUAAGAAACAAUGUAUGUAAAUGACAUUUCUGUGUUCAACUAAGCAACCUUUUUUUGGGAUUGAUGUUAUAUACGAAUUACGUUGUAUACGCUCGAACAAAUGCAUAGAGUAUAAAACGCGUUUAGUAUUAAUAAAUUAAUGAUAUUUUAAUUGG